GGUGUGUAAUGCCGUCGUGCUUUCCUGGUUACUGAGCUCUGUUUCGAAGGAAUUAGCCAAUAGAAUGGCAUAUGCUCAUAGUGCGUCUCUCGUCUGGGCAGAUCUCAAGGAAAGGUUUGAUAAGGUUACUGGAUCUAGCAUAUUUGCUAUACACCGUGAGAUUAACUCUCACGUUCAGGGAUCUCUCACGGUGUCAAGCUAUUACACAAGGCUGAAAGAGCUUUGGGAAGAACAAUCCUUCCUGAUCGCAGUGCCAACAUGUAAGUGUGAGACUUCAAAAGUUUAUUUCGAUCUAAUGCAACAGCAACGUCUUCUGCAAUUUUUGAAGGGACUCAGUGAAUCCUAUAGUCAAGCAAGGAGUCAGAUACUCUUGAUGACUCCCCUUCCAUCUGUCAACCAAGCCUACAACAUGAUUAUGGAAGAUGAGGCUCAGAAACUCAUCGCGGGGUCAAAUAAGUCUUCACCUAUAGAAGGAGCUACUAUGGCUGUGGGUAGAGGGCAAGGCCGAGGUAGAGGACGUGGACGUGGCAACUCUUCACUCGAAUGUGCUCACUGUCACAAACGUGGGCACGUUAAAGAAAAUUGCUAUGAAAUCAUUGGCUAUCCAGUUGACUUCAAAGGUAAAAAUAAGAAUAAGCGGUCUCAAGAGAUUAAAUCUAAUCAAGGAAAAGGUGAGGCUGCUAAUGGAGUAGAUGAAGGGCAAACUGUGCACCAACCUUUAUUCAAGAACAGUAUGAACAAAUAUUGCAACUGUUGAGGAAGGAUUCUGAGCCAACCAUCCAUGCACUCACUGGUACAGGGAUGAGUGGCUGCAAGCCAUUGUCGGUUCUUAUGGCACAGAAUAUGAGGUUAACAGCAUAUGAGGAAGGAAGGAACAAGAAAGAGGAACUAUUAAAGGACCUAGGAGAAUAUAGAAGACUUAUUGGUAAGUUAAUCUAUUUGACAAUGACACGUCUUGACAUUUCUUUUUCUGUGCAGCACUUGAGUCAAUUUAUGCAAGCCCCU